CUCUUCCUCCUCCUCUCCCUCCUCCUCCUCUCCUCCCCUCUCCUCUCCGCCCCGGCGGCUCCUCCUCCCCUGUCGGUGGCGUCCGGCAGGGCGGUGUACCGGGCGUUCGACACCUCCCUCACCCACCUGACCGUCCACCGGAGGACGGGCGAGGUCUUCGUCGGCGCCGUCAACCGAGUGCUGAAGCUGUCGGCCAAUCUGACGGAGCUGAGGAGUCACAUGACUGGACCAGUGGAGGACAACGCCAAGUGUUACCCUCCGCCCAGCGUCCGAGCCUGCGCCCACCGACUGGAGUCAUCAGAUAACGUGAAUAAGCUCUUACUGGUGGAUUAUACUGGGAACAGACUGGUGGCGUGCGGCUCCAUUUGGCAGGGCGUCUGUCAGUUUCUCAGACUGGAGGAUCUCUUCAAACUGGGAGAGCCGCAUCACCGCAAGGAGCACUACCUGUCUGGAGCCAGAGAGGCUGAUGGGAUGGCAGGUGUGGUUGUCGGUGAGGACGACUGGACGGCCGACCCUAAGAGGAAGAAGCCCGUGAAGGGCGGCAGCCGGCUGUUCAUCGGCGCCGCCAUCGACGGGAAGUCGGAGUAUUUCCCCACGCUGUCCAGCAGGAAGCUGGUGGCGGACGAGGAGAGCGUCAACAUGUUCUCGCUGGUCUACCAGGACGAGUUCGUCUCCUCGCAGAUCAAGAUCCCGUCAGACACGCUGUCGCUCUACCCGGCCUUCGACAUCUACUACGUCUACGGCUUCUCCAGCCGCACCUACGUCUACUUCCUGACGCUGCAGCUGGACACGCAGCUGACGCAGAUGGACGCCGGCAGCGAGAAGUUCUUCACCUCCAAGAUCGUGAGGAUGUGCUCCAACGACACCGAGUUCUACUCGUACGUGGAGUUUCCUCUCGGCUGCACCAAGGACGGCGUGGAGUACCGACUGGUCCAGGCCGCCUACAAACAGAAACCAGGGCGGCGGCUGGCGCAGGCGCUCGGCCUGUCGGAGGACGACGACGUCCUGUUUGUCGUCUUCUCGCAGGGUCAGAAGAAUCGCUCCAACCCGCCCAGAGAGACGGUUCUGUGUCUGUUCACCCUCCACGACAUCAACCUGGCCAUGAGAGAGAGGAUCCGCUCCUGUUACCGCGGGGAGGGUCGACUCUCGUUACCGUGGUUACUCAACAAGGAGCUGCCCUGCAUCCACACGGUGAGUUACGUCACGAGCGUCCCGCGAGCAGUUUUCACAAACGUUCUCGCUUUAUAAAGACGUUCGGCCGUCUUUGAACAGCUGGAAGACGUUUCAGUCUGCAGGAAACAAAACGUGAGAUUUUUUUAUGUGAUAAUUCUGCUAAAGAGACAAAAACCUGAUUGUUUUUUUAGUCUUUGACUGACAGGAAGGAAAAUGAUCUGAGAUAUUGAGAAUUAAGU